CUUUUUUUUCUUAUUUAUUUUUUUUUUCUUACCUUUAGGCGAACCCAGGAGCGUGGGUUCGUCACGAUGAACCUAGCUCGUGGGUUCGCCGCGAUGAACCCAGCUCGUGGGUUCGUCACAAACCCAGGAGCGUGGGAGCCUGGGUUCGUCGCGAUUAACCCAGCUCGAACCCAAGAGCUUGGGUUCGUCGCGAUGAACCCAGCUCGUGGGUUCGUCGCGAACCCAAGAGCCUGGGUUCAUCGCGAACCCAGCUCGUGGGUGACACUGACAUGGAAAUGUUGCUGGGUUGGCGAUGAACCCAAUGUUGCUGGGCACGACCUGGGUUCGACUUCGGCGAAACCCAGGCGCGGCCUAGGUUCGACUUCAGCGGAACCCAGCACGCCUGGAUUUGGUCAAACCCAGGCGCUGGGUUCCUUAAGACCCAGCCAUGAAGAAGGCAAGGCAGCCGCUGGGUUUUUGCAAGUGGAUGAAGAUGAAAAAGGCAUAGGUGUUGGGUUCAAUUUCGAACCCAGCAAGCAAUCGAACCCAGCAGCCGCUGGGUUCCUGCAAGUGCUGGAUUCGAUUUCGAACCCAGCAAGCACUGUGUUCAAGCUGGGUUCCUGCAGGUGCUGGGUUCGAAGGUGCUGGGUUUGAUUUCGAACCCAGCAGGCACUGGGUUCUGUUUCGAACCCAGCAACCGUUGGAUCCAUGGAUCUGUUGAGUUCCAUUUGUUUAUUGAUCUGUUGUUUGUUGGGUUCUGUUUCAAACUCAGCAGUCAUUGGGUCGAUGGAUCUGUUGAGUUCAAUCUAUUUAUGGAUUUUUUAUCUGUUGUGUUAUCCUCGUAUUCUUGCAGGUG